AUGCCGGCUGCCUACCCACUCCCUUCUGAUUUGUCUCCCGCAACUGUUACCAAUACCGCGUCCCUACUCCGUAUCAUUGCACUUGCCCUCAUAUCAGGCGCUGCUAUUGCCUCUCGUCUAUUUGCUGUUAUCAAUUUUGAGAGUAUUAUUCAUGAGUUCGACCCAUGGUUUAACUAUCGAGCGACAAAGGUUCUCGCUUCGCAAGGUUUCUAUGAAUUUUGGAACUGGUUUGACCCAACGGCAUGGUACCCCCUUGGACGUGUAGUCGGUGGAACCAUCUAUCCCGGUCUUAUGGCAACCAGCGGUGUAAUAUACAACUUACUCCAUGCACUUAAUCUCCCGGUCGAUAUCCGCAACAUUUGCGUCCUUCUAGCUCCAGGAUUUAGCGCCUUAACCGCUUGGGCCACGUACAUGUUUACGAAAGAAUUGAAAGAUGAAAGUGCUGGUCUUCUUGCAGCCGCGUUCAUCGGUAUCGUGCCGGGUUACAUCUCGCGUUCUGUCGCCGGCUCGUAUGACAAUGAGGCUAUCGCCAUAUUCUUGCUUAUGUUUACCUUUUUCGCAUGGAUCAAGGCACUCAAGCAGGGAAGCGCAUUUUGGGGCACUAUUGCUGCUGUAUUUUACUUCUACAUGGUCGCUGCAUGGGGUGGAUAUGCAUUUAUCACAAAUAUGAUUCCUCUGCAUGCCCUCGUCUUAUUGUUGAUGGGUCGUUUCACGGGCCGGCUUUACGUUGCGUAUUCAUCCUGGUACGCGAUCGGCACCUUGUCCAGUAUGCAGGUCCCCUUCGUUGGCUUCCAGCCUGUUCGCACCAGCGAACACAUGGCUGCGCUUGGUGUGUUCGGCCUAUUGCAAAUCGUUGCUUUCGCGCAACUUGUUCGCGCACAUGUUUCUUCAAAGCAGUUCCAGGAGUUACUGUUCGCUGCGGUCAUCUCUGUUGGCCUGAUCGGCUUCUUUGGGAUUGUUGGCCUUACUUACAAGGGCUGGAUUGCCCCUUGGACUGGGCGAUUCUACUCCCUGUGGGACACCGGCUACGCCAAGAAGUACAUCCCCAUCAUUGCUUCAGUAUCGGAACACCAGCCUACCGCGUGGCCCUCGUUCUUUAUGGACUUGCACUUCCUGAUUUUCCUUUUCCCUGCGGGCGUCGUGAUGUGUUUCCGCACACUGAGGGACGAGCACGUUUUCGUGAUCAUCUACGCAGUCGUCGCCAGCUACUUUGCAGGCGUGAUGGUGCGUUUGAUGCUUACCCUCACUCCGGUCGUCUGUGUGUCUGCCGCUGUAGCGCUCUCGUCUCUCAUGGAUGCGUACCUGGACCCUAGCGAACCGAAUGUUGAAGACGACAAGAAUGGGUCCUCAACUCCUCACUCCACUGGAACAACACCUUCCACGGCACUUGCUACCAGCAAGAAGACCAAAAAGAACAAGGAAAAGGAAGCGUCUGCACCCGCUGGCGGUGUCUUGGGCGAACUUGUCUCCAACGUUACCUCCUCUGCUGUAGCUGCCAAAUCCGCCACUACUGCUGAAAGGGGCGUCUUCGGUAUGGACACGCGCCUGAUCGUUCUCCUGAACUCGCUCGGACUACUUCUGUUCUUCGUCGUGCACUGCACAUGGGUGACUUCGAACGCAUAUUCCUCGCCAUCCGUCGUGCUGAGCUCGACUUCCCCCGAUGGAAGCAAGAACAUCAUUGAUGAUUUCAGAGAGGCGUAUCACUGGCUGAGGCAGAACACGGCAGAGGAUGCAGUUGUCAUGAGUUGGUGGGAUUAUGGCUACCAGAUUGCAGGAAUGGCGGAUCGCCCGACGUUGGUGGACAACAACACCUGGAACAAUACACACAUUGCGACAGUGGGCAAAGCAAUGUCGUCGCCAGAGGACAUUGCGUACCCCAUCCUGCGUAAACACGAUGUCAGCUAUGUGCUCAUCAUUUUUGGUGGGCUGAUCGGAUACAGUGGCGACGACAUCAACAAGUUCCUCUGGAUGGUACGCAUCGCGCAGGGUGUCUGGCCCGAUGAAAUCCAAGAGCCAAAUUACUUCAACCGUGGAGAGUACCGCGUGGACAGCGAAGCAGCCCCAGCGAUGCGCGACAGUCUGAUGUACAAGAUGAGCUACUAUCGCUUUGCGGAGCUGUUUGGUGGUCAGCAGCCCGUGGAUCGUGUGCGGGGACAGCAUGUGCCCAUCCAAGGCCCAACUUUGGAUUACCUCGAGGAAGCAUAUACAUCUGAAAACUGGAUCGUCCGCAUUUAUGAAGUGAAGAAGGAUGAUGUGCUCGGGCGUGACUUGAAAAUCGCGAAUGCGUUCGAUCAGGGGAAGAAACGCAAGCGGACAAAACCUAUGUCGAGAAGGAAGUCUAUCAGUGCUUGA